AUGCGCGAGAAUACAGAUGACACUGUUAUUUUCUGCUAUGCCACAUUCAAUAUUGAUGCUCUUUGCAGCUUGGCGACUGCAUCCCGGAACGAGAUACACUGUUCUUGCGACUCAAGUCAACAGCCGAUGAGUGGUAGUUUCGAUUGGGCAGUAACUGUCCAAUUUGAGGAUGGUGUUAAGUGGAUCAUGCGGUCACCUAGAUCUGGCUACGGUCAAUUUCCGAGUGAAUUGAGCGGGAAACUCCUUGCGAGUGAGGCCGCAACCCUAAAGUACCUCAGACAGGCUACGGAUAUUCCCAUCACAGAGGUUUACUCAUACAGUGCCUCCUCUAAUCAUCCAAUUGGCGUUCCCUAUAUCCUGAUGAGCAAGGCGCAAGGAUGGCCUCUGCAAAAUGUUUGGACAAUCAAUUCCUCAGUAGACCGUCUAAGUCUAACCGACAAAGCGAAAAUAAUGUUCCAAUUAGGCCAAAUUACAUGGAAACUUGCUCAAGUUCGUUUCGAUCGCAUUGGCUCGCUUUUCGAAGAAAACAACAAUAUCGAGAUAGGAGAAUGUAUGUCCCGGGGCCAUAUUCUCCACGAACGUUAUUCUUUAGAUGAACUUCCUCGUGGACCUUUUACGACAGAAUCUGAGUUUUACAAUAGUCUCAGAGGUGCCAUGACACAGCAUGCAGAGUGUCUACGUCUUACGCCCCACUGUUUCAUUGCUCCCAUACCUUCUCGCGAGGACUACGAAAAUGAUGCUGCACAUCGGGAUGCCUCUGAUCUUUGGAACGGCUUUGUGGCUAUUGGGGACAAGCUUGAUUCCGCAGAGAAUCGGUUGGAUUACAUCCUUGCCGCGGAUGCUCUCCAAGAUCUCAUUGUCCAACGGACAAGUGGCUACCUAACACACACUUUACCGAAUCCGUUUCCUCUCCAUCACCCCGAUCUAAGCGUCAACGAUAUUUUUGUUGACGAUGAUUUCAACAUCACAUCGAUAAUCGAUUGGUCAUUUUGUUCUUCAGUCCCGCUUGCGAUCCUACUGGCUCCUCCUGGGCUCCCUCAAUCCCGAGAUUCACUCAGCAAGGAUCUUAUCAAGGUCUUUAGAGAGGGAUAUAAGGAGGCUUCCCGCCCAAAUUGUGAUAAAGAAAGGCGGUUUCUUUCUUCCAAUGCAAUCGCUAUUCUCGAGGAUAGCGAGUUCUCCUGGUGUCUUAUCAGACUUCUUACCUUUGUUACGACCGAUGAUUUGCGUCUUUUCCACACCCUCUGGAAUACAGUCCAUCCUGACUACGAUCUUGAGACUUUUAUCACCUCGCAGAGACAAUUACCCCAUUAUGUAAGACUAUAUGAAGAGAUGCAGGCGGAGGACCAACCUAUCUCUAAGACCCGCAGAUCGGAGAAAGAUUAUUUUGGAAAUGCCAUCGAUUUCACUGUGGCACAAAAUCUCACGGUGGUAUCUAAUUGGGGGUUUCGCUUUAAACCGCAUUUGAAUCGUUUUCCAAAUGCGAACAUGUUCAUUGGAAAUUCAAAACUAUGGACAUGGGUCUUGAAAGCCAAAGAGCAGCGCGAUUUAUGA